AUGAAAGUGUUGACAGCUCUCGGCCUGUUGGCCACAGCCGUGAGUGGUGCGAACUUCAAUCAACCGGUCCUCUGGGAGGAUCUGGCUGAUCUGGACGUCUUUCGCGUGGGAAGCAAAUUCUACUAUUCGGCCUCGACCAUGCAUUAUUCUCCAGGUGCUCCGAUUCUGGAGUCCUCGGAUUUGGUGAAUUGGGACUACAUCGGCCAUUCCGUCCCCUCCUUGAACUGGGGCUCCAAAUAUGACUUGCAGGGCGGUCAAGCCUAUGUCAAGGGCAUCUGGGCCUCCACUCUCAGAUAUCGCAAAAGCAACAACACAUGGUACUGGAUCGGGUGUAUCGAGUUCAGCACGACGUACAUCUACACUGCUCCAUCGCCUACCGGGCCCUGGAAGCAGAGUGGUACCAUCAACCAGUGCUACUAUGAUUGUGGCCUUCUGAUCGACGACAACGAUGUCAUGUAUGUGGCUUACGGCGGCACUGACAUCAGCGUCGCCCAGCUGACCUCAGAUGGUCUGGGUCAAGUGAAGACGCAAAAGGUGUUUUCAUCGACUAUCGGUGCCAUUGAAGGAUCGCGCUUCUACAAGAUCAAUGGCGAAUACUACAUCUUCAAUACCUUGCCCGCCAAUGCGGAGUACGUCCUCAAGUCCUCAAGUCCAUGGGGUCCUUACACUCAAAAGCUGCUGGAGAAGAACAUUGCGACCCCGAUCCAGGGAGGUGGCAUCCCUCAUCAAGGAGGUAUCGUCGAUACUCCAGAUGGAAAAUGGUAUUACAUGGCAUUCGUGGACAGUUACCCUGGCGGUCGUGUGCCAGUACUGGCUCCCAUCACUUGGGGCUCGGAUGGUUUCCCCCAAGUCACUACUGUGAACGGAGGCUGGGGCCAGUCCUACCCAUAUCCGAUGACUCCCUCAAUCUCGUCCAGUCCAACUGGCACGGAUCGAUUCCAGGGAACCUCACUGGGACCCCAGUGGGAAUGGAACCACAACCCGGACACCAAUUCCUUCACCGUCAACAAUGGCCUGACCUUGCGCACCGCCACCCAAACCAACGAUCUUUACUCGGCGCGAAACACUCUGACGCACCGUAUCUUGGGACCUCAAUCCUACGCAACCAUCGAACUGAGCAUCGGCAGCAUGCAUUCAGGAGAUCGCAGUGGCCUGGCGAUGCUUCGAGAUUCAUCGGCAUACGUGGCAGUAGUGAACAAUGGAGGCACCCUGCGCGUGAGCAUGGUCGACGGUCUCACCAUGGACUCCAAAUGGAAUACUCAAUCUACUGGUUCAGAAGUCUCUGGCGUCAAUCUACCCGGGGGAACUUCUAAGAUCUGGUUGCGAGCCGCGGCCGACAUCCGUCCCGGCAGCGGUCGCACUGCGACCUUCUCCUACAGCACUGACGGUUCCUCCUUCGUCAGUAUCGGCCACCCAUUCGUCCUCAACAAUGCCUGGCAAUUCUUUAUGGGAUAUCGAUAUGGUAUCUUCAAUUACGCCACAACAGCGCUCGGCGGCAGCGUUGUAGUCAACUCUUUCGAUAUGCAGAGUGGCGUCCCCACCGCAAACACCGGUACAGGCCCAAGCAAGACCACCGCAAACCCAACCACCACCACUGCCGCCGCAGGAGGAGGUGGAGGAGCCCAAAGCAAAUACGGCCAAUGUGGCGGUAGCGGGUGGGCUGGUCCCACCGCAUGCGCUGCAGGAGCGACUUGCUCAUUUGUCAACGCCUGGUAUUCGCAGUGUGUCUAA